UUCAGUGUCUUUUCAUAUUCUGUCAAGCACUGGUAGCAGCAGCUUACUGUUGCUGCAGUCUACGAGAGAAUAUCCAUCUAACUUGGGGAGUAGAGAAGCAGUCAUCAACCUUAUCCAUUUAAACCUUAAGUGGGGUGGAUUUUUCACCAGCAUUUUACAUGCUGUACAGCUUUGGUGAUCCUCUUUGCCAGUCCACUACCAACACAGAGCCCUGAAGAGGAGAAGGGACUUCACUCUCUGGACAAGAAAUGGACACAGAACACGGAUUCUAUCGGCCGGUGGAUGUCCAGGCCUACGCUCACUACAUUGUUGCCUUCUUUGUCUUGGUGAUUGGAACAGUGGGUGUUACUGGGAAUGCCUUGGUCAUGUAUGCCUUUUUCUGUAACAAGAAGCUACGGACUGCCCCCAACUAUUUCAUCAUGAACCUAGCAGUCGCUGACUUCCUCAUGGCAAUUACACAGUCACCCAUCUUCUUUGUGAACUCCCUUUACAAGGGGUGGAUUUUUGGUAAAACAGGCUGUAAAAUGUACGCCUUCUGUGGAGCUUUGUUUGGAAUCACUUCCAUGAUAAACCUUCUGGCCAUCUCUCUAGAUCGCUACAUUGUCAUUACCAAGCCUCUGCAGGCCAUACGGUGGACCUCCAAGAGACGCACUUGCCUCGUUAUUGCUCUGGUCUGGCUGUACUCACUAGCCUGGAGCCUUGCACCCCUUUUAGGGUGGAGUUCAUACAUACCGGAGGGCCUGAUGACCUCAUGCACAUGGGACUACAUGACAUCUACUCCUGCCAAUAAAAGUUAUACUUUGAUGCUAUGCUGCUUUGUAUUCUUCAUCCCUCUGGGCAUUAUAUCCUAUUGUUAUCUGUGCAUGUUCCUGGCAAUCCGCCAUGCAAGCAGAGAUGUGGAGAAGUUGGGAAAUCAGGUGAGGAAGUCAACUCUGAUCCAGCAGCAGUCCAUCAAGACUGAAUGGAAACUGGCCAAGAUUGCCUUUGUGGUCAUCAUAGUGUAUGUGCUUUCCUGGUCGCCCUAUGCAUGUGUCACCCUCAUCGCCUGGGCUGGAUAUGGAAGCAUCCUCAAUCCCUAUUCCAGAGCUGUCCCUGCUGUUAUAGCCAAGGCAUCGGCCAUCUACAACCCUAUUAUCUACGCCAUCAUUCACUCUAAAUACAGGAACACCAUGGCAGAAAAGGUUCCCUGUCUGCACUUCCUAGCCCAGGCCCCGCGGAGGAAGUGCAUAUCAGACAGCGAGUCCUCCAUCAGGGAGUUAGGGCUGAGCAGACAGUCAUCAGUCUUCAAAACCAAGUUUCACAGAGUUUCCUCCAUGUCUACGACAGACACACAGGUUUGGAGUGAUGUGGAGCUGGACCCUAUCGACCAGAGCCAAUGUGUGAGGUCCAGCUAUUCCCUCGGGGCUCUGAGGGACAAAGAGCACAAGUCAUUAGCUAAGCAGGCCAUAGGAAAGGGAAGCCAAAGCCAGGAACAGAUUCACAUGCCAGAGCAAGGAUCACUGAACAGAUGUGACCACACCCCAUCACCUGAGUCUGUCAGCACAGUCAUGCCAUCGGCAUUGGGGAAGAGAAGGGAGGAGAAUCCUAACAGUUGGAAUAAAGAGAACACACAGGAAGAUGAGGAAAAAGAGGGUGAACAUGAACAGAGAGAGGCACAGCAAGUUCAGAAGGAGAAAGAAGUGAAGGACCUCAUCCAGCCAGACUCUCUGGACAACAUUGUAUGUGUGCACUCCCAAGCGAUCAUCAGACCCAACUUAAAGAAAGUCCCUUUGGACCAUGACUAUUGUGAGGAAAAACAAACCACACAGAGCAGACAGAGAGAACUGUUGCUCAAUAUACAGCCUCUGGACAGUUCUGCUCAAGGAUUUGAGUCUGUGCAAAGAUUUCUAAGCUAAAUGCUGGAUAUGUUUAUUUGUCUAUGUGGCUAUGUGUGACUGUGACACAGCAAGUAAACAAGUCUGUUUUCUUUGUUCAAGAAUGCUGAGGUAAUCUUUUGAAGCAGCUGUCGAAAACUUUUAUCUCAACUGUUUGGCAAUGCAGUGCAACCAAGUACAUUUGUUUAUAGGUUUUUGUGCCAUAUAGGUUAAGGUUUAUAUACACAACUGCUCUAAUAAUCCUGGCACACACCUCUCAUGUUAAGACUUUUUGUUAACAUGCAUAAUAAUGCUACCCCAAUUGUUUUUGGUUUAGAGGCACAUGCUCGGUACGACACUGUCACAGUGAAACAAUUACAAAUGGAACCUUAACUUAAAAUUCAAAACAUUAUGCAUUUUUGUCAAAAUAGCCCAUAAACAACGGUAUACCAAGAACAACUAAUGAAAGAACAUCCAUAUUUAUUAUCAACUUGCAGAGAGAUCAAAGUUUGACUGUUUUUAGAGUGUUUCUUGUUUAUUUCGUCGAGAAAGCAUAUUUUUGUACAUUUGUUUAUUUUGUAACUAAGGCUAUUUAUUGCUCAUUUAAAUGAGCAAUGACAAAAUGUGGUAAAUAUUUCUUUCAUUAUUUCUCUAUAAUGCACCAUAAGCAAGUUCAUUAAGUAUAUAACGCAUUUAUGCAUCAUUGCAGAACUCAUUAUCAUAAUACGCCAUAUACCAUUGUUUAUCAUGUUUUGAAAGUUGCUGACAUUAUGUGCUGUAUCAUGAGUUCAGGCACCAUAGUAAUUAACCGUUAUGCAACCCAAAACCUUAAUUCACUGCAGUUGCUAACCAAAGUAAGUCGUAGUGCAUUUCAGUUACCAGAUUUGGUUGGUCAUGAAGACACUCGACACCCUGAUUUAUCUAUUUAUCAUCCGUUCAUCCCGAUUGUUUUAUAAGAAAAAAGGCUGCAUGUUCUCAGGAAACAAAUUGGUACAGCAGAAAUCACUAAAAUGUUGCACCUUUUGCUUAUUUGAAUACUCAGUAUUUGUUGCUAUUGGUGCUAUUGUUAAAUCGUAAACUAAAGAAGUUAUUGUGUAUUUGUUGUGGGAAAUAAACUUUUCAUAUAGCUCUCAA